AUGACCUCCAAUGGCUCUACAUCUUCUCCUGCUCCACCCGUAGAACUCCAUAAUCUCAACUUUACAUUUGCUAAAGUAACAAUUGGUGGUACACUCGUGACUCCAUGGCAACCUGAUGCUUUCAAUCCAAAUCCCCCUCCCCUUCCUACUGACGAUCGUGUCUUACGUGACAUUAAUUUAACGGUAGAAUCUGGUCAGCGGGUGUUAAUCGUUGGUGGAAAUGGAGCGGGGAAAAGCACGUUAUUACGUAUUUUAGCUGGGAAACAUUUGACACCAGACGAGACAGUUUUAAUCUAUGGACGAGAUGCUUUUCGUGAUACUUUACUCAAUACCAAACGGACUUUUGUAGCUGCUGAAUGGGGUCAUCAUGCUGUUGCCUUUGCCUCUAAUGCAAUGGUUUAUUCGGCUGAUAUGGCAAUUGAAGAAAUGAUGAUUCAAUUGCAGCGUGAACAUCCAAAAAGACGACAACAAUUGCUGAAAAUUCUUCGGAUUGAUCCGAAAUGGCGUCUCCAUCGACUUUCAGACGGUCAACGUCGUCGGGUUCAAUUGUUUUUGGCCUUAUUGAGACCAUCGCAGCUUAUUGUACUGGAUGAAGUAUUGGGAUUACUUGAUGUCAUUUCACGAGAAAAUGUGCUUACGUUCUUGAAAGAGGAGACGGAGACCCGACAGGCGACGGUGUUACUGGCUACCCACAUCUUUGAUGGAACGGACACUUGGGCUUCCCAUGUGCUCUAUAUUCGACGUGGCACGAUCGCUUUCUAUGGUCCCAUUGAACAAUGCACGGAGAAUUAUCAAAUUCCAAUGUACAAGGUCGUGGAGCACUGGCUUCGUCAAGAACUGGCUCAAGAUGACCGCAUUGAGAGCGAGGCCAUUGGAGUAAACGGCGAGUUUGAUCUUGCCAAUGCCCAGAAUCGUGCAGGCGGAUAUGCGGCUGGUCGCUUGGGUGGGAUUGACAUUGACGCGUUGUAA